AUGGACAAAAAUCCGACGAACGAUACAGCGCAUGGCUCGUCGACCGGCGGCGGAGCGGGUGCCAAGAUCCGUGGGGCAUGGGAGGUCGUGCACGGCGCAGGAGAGAGCCUCCGCGGCAACGUCCUCGACUUCGUCGACAACCUCGGUUUCGGGAAUCCGCGCCCCGCCCAGCCGUCGCACGUCUACGCCAGCGAACGCGGUACCACGGAAAUCCAGCGAGGCAUGACCCGCCUGCACGGGCACGGAACGGCGUCCACCGGUCCGGGAGGCACCCACGAUGGCGUUUCCGCACCGACGGGAUCACAUCCUUCCGGAUUUAACGACGGCACUCGCGGUGCAAGCGGAACUACAACGGGGAAUGACCACGACGGCGGCGAUAGCGGCUAUGGCUAUGGAGCAGGUGUAGGGAAAGUGCCACUGAACACGUACGAGACAAGCACGACUGGGGGCAACGGGGACGUGGGUAUCCAGCGCGCGACAGAAGCGUUGGGGAUGACCGUUGGGCCGGGUGGAGAGGUCCCGACGUCAGGCGGUGCAUCAAGGCGGAUGUGA